AUGGCAUCUUCUUCACCUCAACAAAAAUCACAAUCAAUAACGGAAUCACCUCAACAGCAACUCUUGCAAACUGCUGAUUCUUCAACUAAACCAUCAGUUCCUUCUCCUACCUCCUCAAUAUCACAGCAACAACCACAACCUUUAACUCUUGAAACAAGUAGCCUUGCCACUCCAAGUAGCAAAUUUAAUUCUUCAAGCACGUCUUCAUUUUAUUCUGAUUCAGAAACAGAGUCAUUAGAAACAGAUUCUGAUGCUUAUUUUACAAACGAUGAACUUCCACCGUCCUCGUUUACCUUUUCUUCUUCCGUAAAACGCCGACCUUCUUUUCCGAGAUCUCCUACUACCAUUAGAUUCUUCCCAGAUUUAUCAAUUGACGCUCAAGAAAAUCAUUUGAGUGACUUAUAUAUAAUCGAUGAAAGUUCACCUGAAUUUGCUUUUCCAAAAGUUAAAAGAAAACUUUUAAAAGAUCUUGAAGAGGCAAAACGUAGAGCAGAUCAAGCUAUCACAGUUCUAUUGCGACAUUGGUACCAAUCACAUAGAUAUCAAGAAUUAUUAAGUGAAUUAUCGUAUGAUGGUUGGAGUGAUGACGAGGAUAAACAACCACUUGUUGUAAUUCGUAGAAAUAAUAGUCAAAGAACAUUAAAAUCUGUAUCAUUACAUGGGGAUAUUACAAGCCCAAAGAAGAUAUCGAUUAAAAAGAAACGCACAGAACGCAGAUUUAUUCAUUCAAAUAGUUGGCCACCUUGUGUUUUGGCCUCCUCUCAUACUAUAUUAUUGACACGUAUCGAUCGUAUUGCUAAGAGGAUACUUAAGACUGCUAUACAUGAUUUAGUACAUUAUAAUGUUGCCGUGGAAAUUAUGAAGGAGCUUCAAGAACUUAUGGAAACUCAGAAAAAAAUGCCUGUCGGUAAUGCUGACGCUGAAGAAUUAUUAACAAGACUUGUAUACACUUUUGCUGACGUUGCUAGAGCUGUUGAUGCAGUGAAUCAAUCAUACGCUGAAACAAAUGGUGAUUUAUCGUUAGAAAAUAACAAUAAGGAAGAAGAUACACCACCACCUACUAAUUCUGAUUGGUUAAUUUCAUCGCCGUUAUUCACACCUUCAUCACCAUUAACUCCAUCUUCUUACUCACCACCACAAACAUCACUUCACAGUUAUCAUCAAAGGCAUAAAUCAUUUGAUAGCGUUAAUAAUAAGAAGAACCAAAGAGAUGCUAAACAUGUGUUGACACCACCAGUUCCACAGAUUAAAUCAUUACGAGAUUCUUUCGAACAAAUUUAUGCGGCAGCAAAUGAAUUGGUAUUUGAAUCACCUAUCACAUACAUUCCUCCUCCUCAUUCAACUAUAGAUGAUAAUAGUUUAACAUGGAGUAGUUUAACAAGAAAGCAAGUAGAUUUGUUGUUACAAGAAGAGAUGAAUCGUGAAAUAGACAUUGGUAUAAUAAUGAAACAACAACAAGAUGGCAGUAGUGAUUUAGAGGGUCGUAAGAAAUCCAAAAAGUCCAAACAAAUGAUGAAUUUCUUCAAAUCGCUCAAAAACGCAUUCCAUAGUCCUACAUCCUCUACUUGUGUUUCACCAACCGGCUCGCCAACAAAUUCUUUAGUUCAACCAAGUCCUGUACGCAAUACUCAUCUACCAAGACCACAAAUGCCAGAAAAAACUCGUACUCUGUCAUUUGACUCUAAUGCAUUCUCAUUGUCUCGUCGUAGUUCAUUUGUGUCAAUGAGAGGAGAUAAAGAUACUUUGCAUAGUACUAGCCUAAUGAAUCAUAGUUCAUCUGUGAUAAUUACUAACAGCAAUCAUGGUGGUGGUGGUAUAACGUCAGGGUUCUCAAUCCCACAUGAUUAUAUACUAUGUCGUAUAUGUGAAGAGAUGAUUCAUAGUCAUGAAUUGGAUGCUCACUCGAGAACUUGUGCUAUAACAACAGAAUACGCAUUUAAAUUACAAGAAUGUGAUGGUAGAUUACGUAGAUUGAUUAAUGAUAUGACCAAAAAAAAAUCAGAGAUCAUGAAAGGAGUUUAUGCAGAAAUGAUGGAAGGCUAUGGCAAAAAAGCUGCUAAUAUUAAAGAAACCGCAAAUAGACGUGAUGCUAUGAGAAAAAUAGAAAAAUAUGCAAGCAAGCUGGGAAGACUUGUCGAAGAAAUGGAAAAGAAUGCCACAAGAGAUGAAAAUAUUUUAACAUAUGGUAAACGUUUAUUACAUGUUGUUAAGGAGAAACAUGAUACAUUUCAAUCCUAUCAUCAAAAAUUACCCAUUUCAUCAACUGAUAAAGAAAAUAGCAGUUAUAAUAAUAGUUUAAAAGUUUCUCAAAAAAUUUCAAGAAAACAAUCAAUCUCAAGCCGUAUGCUAUCAACGUCUGCAUCAAACAAAUCAUCAAAUAGUUUAACAUCCUCUAAAAAUUCACGUAAUAACGGUGGCAUUAGUGGCGGACAAAGAGAGGGUGGUAGUGGUAGUUCUUCAAAUCAUAGAAGACAUGAUAGCAUUGGUUCAAUAUCAUAUGAUUCAGAUAUUACGCCACCACCGCCUCGAGGUGGCAAAAAAUUGAUUUCACUUUUUGCUGCAGUGCUUCGUGGUGGUAAUAGUCGUUCUGGAAAUAAUAGUUCUAGCAAAGAAACUACUGGAAUACCAAUAGCUGCUAACGGAGAUAAUAAAGGAGGUGCCAAAACUAAAAUUCCUAGCAUACAAGAUUUUGAAAUAAUAAAACCAAUUAGUCGAGGUGCUUUCGGAAAAGUGUAUUUAGCACGUAAAAAAACGACAGGAGACCUUUAUGCCAUCAAAAUUUUAAAGAAAGUUGAUAUGGUUCGAAAAAACAUGGUAAAUCAUGUUUUGGCGGAAAGAAGAGUGCUGAGUUUGUCGAGGACACCAUUUGUUGUGAAACUCUAUUAUGCAUUUCAAAGUCAAGAUUAUUUAUAUUUGGUUAUGGAAUACCUAAUCGGCGGUGAUUUAUCUUCUCUACUUCAAAACUUUGAACUUUUCGACGAGGAAAUGGCAAGAAUGUACACAGUCGAAGUAAUCCUAGCUCUUGAAUAUCUUCACAAUAAUGGUAUUACACAUCGUGAUCUCAAGCCCGACAACAUGUUGAUUACAUCUGAAGGACAUAUUAAAUUAACAGACUUUGGAUUAUCAAGGAUUUCUAUACCUGAAAAAAGCAAUAUGGCAUUUACAAAAGAGGAUGAGUCAUUGUCGAUUAUAUCAGAUAAAAAAUUGGGUUCAAAGCCUACAAGAACUGGUAGUAUUGAUUCUCGAUCUAGUUCCGUCGUACACUCCAGACCAGUAUCGGCAAUAUUUUCUAACGAGAAUCCAAAACAGCGCAUUAGUCAUAAUCGUCAAAGCUCAAAAGCAUUACUGGGUACACCAGACUAUUUGGCACCGGAAUUAUUACUUGGCAUUGGACAUUCUACAGCAGUAGACUGGUGGUCGCUUGGUGUUUGUUUAUUUGAAUUUUUGAUUGGAUAUCCGCCAUUUAAUGACGAUACACCACAAAAAAUAUUUAAAAAUAUUUUAGAUCAUAAGAUACAGUGGCCACCAGAAGAGCUUUUAUCACCACAAGCAAAAGAUCUCAUCACAACACUUUUAAAUCAAGAUCCUGCCAAACGACCAACAGUUGCUGAGAUCAAAGCGCAUCCAUUUUUCCAUGGAAUUGAUUGGGAUCAUAUUCGAGAUCAGCCAGCACCAUUUGUUCCAAAUCCGGAAGAUGAACAAGAUACUAGUUAUUUUGAUGCUCGUAAUAACCGUGCAGAUAUUCGUAGAUUAUCAGCUGGUAAUAUUGAAGAAUUCGCGUUAGGUAGGAUGACAGCACCUGGUGAUCGUAGAUCGAUGAUCCUCUCUGACGAUGACAAUAAUGAACAAUCUAACAACAAUAAUUGUGUUUAUCCAAUAUCAUCAAGUGUACAACCACCAAAUCUAUUAUUAUCAACAGUUACUGCAAAUUUGAUUGAUAAUAUUUCAUUACAUUCACCAACAUCACCAACAGAGAUUCCAAUUAAACAUCAUCAAAAACGAAGACCAUCACUUUUAAAAUUAACUGCAGGGGGCAAGUCAAGGAAGCAAUCUAUCAGUGGAACCAAUAGUGAUAGCAAUACAUUAAUAUCACCUUCAUAUAAUACACGAUCAAGAAGAUCAACAUUGGUCGGAUCACCUAAAAUGUAUGAUAUGGAGCAGACUAUAGCAUCAGCUUAUGAAGUACACGCAGCAGGAAAUCAAACGAAUCGAAAUGAGACAGAAUUUGAUGCCUUUGUUUAUAAGGGAGUAUCGGUUCUAGGCGAUGUAAAUCGUGAUGUUUUAUCAGGAGGCACUGCAUCAUCAGGCAAUAUCAUUACAUCAUCGCA